CAGUUAUAGACUAGCUGGUUUCUAGCCCUGUUUUCCCUGCUCUGUGGGGGCCGCCGAGAAGUACUUCGUAACUACAAAUCCUCUCUCGUUUACUCUACUUACCACCCAACUAACUAUGAUGUCCACAUUCCAUCUCUUUCCGAAGCUGCCAAAGGAGAUGCGGCUGAAGAUAUACGAGAAUACAUUCGAGGCGCGAAUUCUCCAACUAGGUGUCGACGCAGGCAUCCCAUUUCCCUCAGAACUAGAGCCUCUAGGAGCAAGCAGAGGGCCCACGAAACAGUUACAUACGCACCUUCCCAGCCUCUUUACCGUUUGCAAAGAAUCUCGCGAUAUAUGCAAAUUCAUCUUCGUCGCAUUCGGUCCAACGUUCAUCCAUCCCAGGUUAGAUACGCUAUAUAUCUCUCUCUAUGCGGUAGGGAGGAUAAUAGCUACUGAAUUAAAAGGAGCCUGCAACGAUGAUGGAUCGUCGGCGUACCCGGUUGCGGCAUUCGAUAAGGUUGCGAUAGAAUACGGCGUUAAAGACUUCGAAGGAUCUUGUAGAGUGGAAGGAGAGGCCGAAGACCUGGCAGGUCAGACAUGGCAUUAGGGAGUUUUGCGCGCCUGGGAUAUGGCCGGCGACGGAUUACGCAGAGUUCUUUAGAUGCUUCGGGGCGCCGAAAAAGGUAUUGCUUGUAACUAAUGGCGUUCUUAGAUGGUCUGGUGGCUUCUCCAAGUUCGCUAGUUGGCAGAGCAUUGAGCUGGUGGCUACGGAGACGGAAAGCAGUGAUCAGAAGAACUUGGUAGAGUUUCUAAAAGCACAAUUGCCAUUAUCAUUGAGUGAGGGUAGAAUGGAAUUUACGGUU